AUGAAUUAUAUUUUUUUAGAAAAAAGCCCUUUAGAUGCACACACAUCUCAAAACAGUGGUGGCGACCAUAGUAGUCAUGAUGUCGAUCAUGGCGGUCAUGGUGAUCACAUGGUUUAGCCAUUAGUUAUAUUAUUUAUAUUUUACGGAUUACUAAUGGGAGGUUUAUUACGUGAACUUUAUAAGCGAACACUAAUCCCUUACACACCAAUGCUUAUAGUGUUUGGAAUACUAGUGGGAUACUAUCGUAAACACUUAUGGUAUUUUGGGGCUAGUGCAGAGUUAGCAUCUACAUUAAACCCACAUAUGAUAUUGUUUAUAUUUAUACCUGUACUUAUAUUUGAGAGUGCCUUUAAUUGCGAUUGGUAUAUUUUCAAGAAAAUUGUUGCUAAUGUUUUACUUUUAGCUGGUCCUGGAGUAUUACUAGGAGCUUUUUUGCUUGCAAUUUCCCUUAAGAUCUUCCUUGGAUAUACAGAUAUUUCUUGGGCAGGCGCUCUUACUAUGGGUUCUAUUCUUUGUGCUACAGAUCCUGUUGCUGUAGUAGCCUUAUUGAAAGAAUUAGGAGCUUCUGCACGUUUGAAUACUUUAAUUGAAGGCGAAAGUUUGCUAAAUGAUGGUACUGCAAUGGUUUUCUAUUAACUUUUUUUGAAUAUGGAAAAAGGUUAAAGCUCGGGUCCUGUAGAUAUAGUUAUAGGUUUCGUCUAAAAAUCUAUUGUCGGGCCUCUUUUUGGACUCUUAUGUGGUUUAAUAGGCGCUUUUUGGCUUCGAAGAAUUAUUAGAGAUGAUGUGUUAACAUGUGUAGUAACUUUUAUUACAUGCUAUUUAUGCUUUUUUAUUUCUGAAUUCACGAGUCUUUAAGUUUCUGGUAUUUUAGCUAUUUUUGCUCUUGGAUUAUUAAUGAGUGCCGUAGGAAAGACAAAAAUAUAUCCUGAAAGUGAACAUGCGGUUCAUGUAGUAUGGGCUUUUGUAUAAUAUAGUUGCGAAACAUUAAUAUUUUUUUUAUCAGGAAUAAUAAUAGGUAUAUAAAUGAUUUCAUAAUCUACAAUAACGACAUCUGAUUGGAUUCGUUUAUUUUUUUUUUGGGGUUUUAUGGUCGCGGCCCGUUUCAUUAUGGUAAUAACAUUAUAUCCUUUGCUACGUAAAUUCGGCUAUGGAAUCACUAAACCUGAAGUUUACGUUGUUGUUUGGGGUGGUCCUAGAGGAGCUCUUGGUUUAACACUUUGCUUUAAUGGUUUUGGUUGA